AUGAAUUCUGAAAUCACGCUUGCAGAGGCUCUGCCUCCACCGUACAGCUGCUUUAGCAGCGCCAAAAAAAGAUACAUCGUCGCUACAGCCGCUGGGGCUGGUCUAUUUUCCUCCUUGUCGGCCCAGAUCUAUUUCCCAGCCCUGAACACACUGGCCAGCGACCUCAAUGUAUCAGCUUCCAUGAUCAACCUGACGGUGACGAGUUACAUGAUCUUCCAAGGAAUUGCGCCCAUGUUCAUCGGCGACUUUGCAGACAGAACAGGUCGUCGACCAGCUUAUAUAAUUUGUUUUAUUAUUUAUAUCGCAUCAAAUAUCGGACUGGCUUUGCAGGACAGCUAUGCUGCUCUGAUUGUAUUGCGAUGCUUGCAGAGUUCCGGGAUCAGCAGUAGCGUGGCGCUCUCCGCGGCUACCGUGGCUGAUAUCAGCACGAAACAGGAACGAGGAUCGAUGAUGGGCUUUGUGAUGGCUGGGAAUUUCAUGGGUCCCGCCAUUGGUCCGAUUAUCGGAGGUCUUUUAGCCCAAUAUCUGGGCUGGCGAUCGAUCUUCUGGUUCCUCACCAUCGCGUCCGGCGUAUUCAUGUUGCCUCUCCUCCUCUUCCUUCCCGAGACAGCCAGAAACGUCGUUGGCGACGGCUCGUCUCCUGCCCAGCGGUGGAAUCGGCCCUUGAUCCACCUUUUCUCUCGCCAUAAUGGGGACAAGCAGGGUCCUUCCGACAAGGAUAGUCUUGAUCGACCUGACAGCAGCGAUUCCCCAAAGAAAAUCAUUGAGCACAAGCUCAAGUUCCCCAACCCCCUGAAGCCCUUGAGACUUGUAUUCCAUCCGAACUCGAUCAUCAUUCUUUUGGUGACGGGAAUUAUCAUGGGUGGAAACAUGACGGUUCUCUCGUCUAUCACGGAGAUAUACACGGCGCAGUACGGCCUAGACGAGCUUGAGAUUGGUCUAUGCUAUAUCUCGCUGGGUACAGGGUCUAUCGUGGCCUCAGUUGUGACAGGGCGCCUUCUGGACUGGAACUACAGACGCAUGGCUACCAACAAAGCCGCCAAUUCUACUACCCUCGAACAAGACACAACCGAGGGUUCGAUCCCUGUCGAGAAGGCCCGUAGUAUGGUUACUAUUCCCCUCGUGGUUCUCGGUAGUGUCACCGUGCUGGCCUUUGGCUGGGUUUUGAAGUACGGUGCCCCUCUUGCGGCUCCAGAAGUGCUUCUGUUUUUUGUUGGCGUAGGGCAGACUGGCGGUUUCAUCUCCACGUCUACCCUGCUGGUCGACCUGCACAACGCUAACCCGGCCGCUGCUACCGCUGCUAAUAACUUGGUGCGGUCGUUCUUCUCGGCCGGGGCCUCGGCUGCCAUCGAUCCUAUGCUGAGAGCAAUGGGUCGGGGAUGGACAUUCACGCUAGUGGCAUUCAUCUUGCUAGCGACGAUUCCAUUCCUGCUGUUGCUCUGUGGGAUGUGGCGGCAAAAAGAAGACUCCCCAGAGAAAUCUGAGGGUUGA